CCGACCACCCAAGAUCCCAUGGAUCAAAACCUGACAGAGGCCAGCAUGGAGCAUGGGCUGGGAGGAGCGAGUCGGGGGGAGCCCAUGAAGGGCCUCGGGGACAUGCCAGACCCCGCGAUAGACGACUUCCUCGUCGACGAUGAGGUGCGCCCGCUGCAGCCCGAGACACACCCCGAGCAGGCUGCAGUGGCAUCGAUUGCAUCGCCUGCCCCACGAGAGGCGCCUGUAGAGCCGCCGGUCGCUACCAGCACUAACGGCAUGCAUGCAGCAUCUUCAGUACAACCUAUUGUCCCAGCGGCCACGCCGACGACAGCCGACGAGCCGGUAGCGGCCAAACGCGCCGGACCGACCUUGGACGAGAGUGGCCCGACCAAGCGCCCCAAGCCCAUCGAGACGACCGUGCCGGCCAUGUCGGCCGAGGCUCUAAAGACAGCACCUUCGUGGCUCACGCACCCAGCUACGCCGCCCGUCGUCGUCAAGCCCGUGCCCGCGACCGUGAGCACCGUCAAGCCGUGCUGGCUCUGCGGCCGCAACGACGGCCAAGUCUUGCCGUGCAUGGGCUGCUUGAUCACAGUGCACGCCGAGUGCAUUGGCGGUCACCAGCUCUGCGGCAGCUGCCGCCUCACGCAAGCCGCGCCCGCCUUUGAACCAGUCGCGAAUAGCGACCCGACUACCGCUGCGAUGGUCCGUGGCAUUUCCUACAUCCACUCGGUCAUGUCCAAGCCGGACCUCUUCUCGCUCGUGGGGCACGUCUCGGUGCUGCACCUGCUCGAGCUCGCUGUCCACGCGCCGCCGGCCGUCAAGCCCAUGGCCGAGUACUACAUUCCUCAGUUUACACAGCGCUGGCUCCGGGACAAGCUCGUGGACGUUGUGACCAAGAAGCUCUCGACCAAAGACCUUAUCAACGCCAUCGUCGGUCUCUACAGUCUCAAGCGAGCCAACGUCUCGAACGCGCUUGUCGAGGCCAUCGCCGUGCAAAUCGCACAGCACUCGGUCGUGGACCUCCUGGGGUGGGACCCGCGAAGGGAGCUGCCCAACGUCCGGUACUCGAACCUCUGUGGCGGCUGUGGCAUUCGCAAUGACCGUCGAGUCGUCAAGUGCAAGUGCGGUCGACUCUGCUCGUUUCCGUCUCUAUACGAAGGGUUUCGGUCGACGUUUGUGAUCGUCUACCACGCCGAGCAAGUGGGCAUGUCCAUUGGGUGCAGCAUUGUCGACGUGAUCCAGCACUGGCCGGUGCUACGCAAGUGCUACAUCACAAACCCGGCCUCGGUGCAGGAAAACACGCUCUACGGCGAGCAGCUCAAGAUGAUUUGCUCGCUCUUGGACCUCCUGAGCAACCACGGAACCCGGCUGUUCCACCCGUCGCUCUUUGCGCUCGAGCACAAGCUUCUCUUCAACGCCGACAUGCUCCGGAAAUGGAUGAAUUCAACCAUGUACGACCAGCUCGGCACGGCCCUGCACUGCAUGCAGCUCUUCUCGGUGACGUCGCCCGCGCACCAGCAAGUGAUUGCGACCUGCCGCACGUUUGUGAGCCAGCACCAGCAGCUGAACGGGUCGUGGGGCUUUGUCAACGAGACGCAUAAAUACGUCGACAUUUUGCGCUACAAGGCGACGCACUCGUGUGUCAAGGCACUCAUGUCGCCGAUUGCAUCCGGCUUUGGCCCGAGCCACGUCGACGUCCACGCGUACCUCCAACAGUGGACACCGACGCCGCACAUGACACCCGCCGGCAUCCACAUCACACACCGUUCCUUUGACAACUUGCGCAAGAUGUACAAGGGCCACUUUGAGAUUGGCAAGCCCGACGACGAUGGCAACGUGUUGCGUGCCGCGAUCCAGCAGCACCUGAGCAACCUCCUUCAAACGACGACCGAGACCGAUCCGGUCGUGACGCCGCGCGGCUGGCAGCGCUACACGCGGGAUGUCUGGGACCGGGACACGGUCAUCGAGUCGUACAACGUGCUCACAAUGUCGGACCUCUCGAUCUUUGACGGCCUCAAGUUUGAGGAUGGUGAAGUGCUCGUUGCGGCCGACGAAGCCGCGGCCAACGCGCAGGACGACGACGACCUGCUCAUCAAUGACGACGAAGACGAUGACGACGAUGACGUCAUUGACACGGACACGGCCAUUUUGGUCGAUGACGACGACGACGACGAAGAGACAAAGACCAAUGCCGACGGCGACGACGACGACGCAGCGUAACUACGACUGUAGACAUUGUCUUUGCAUACUGGCGCUGAGAAUCCACGCCGUAUCCUUGCUGUCGGGAUACCUUCAACUCGGCUCUGCACUUCCAACGGUCCAUGAAGCUCCGUCGAGAC